CAAUCACGAUCGAUGAAAAGUGUUGCAUUUGUGGGAGGUUUACCAUCACAAGUUGUGAGAAACGUUUAAUCGUUCUAACAUAUGUAUAUGGAGAUAUAAUGUUUUUUAUUUAAGUUGUUAGAAGUGAAAGGUUGUUGUGAAAAGUUGUUAGAAGUGAAUGAUAGUUUCUAAUAAAACAUGGCAAUGGAUGACGUUGGUGAAGAGACACAAUUUGUUGUGGAUGAAGUUAGUAACAUCAUAAAAGAAGCAAUUGAGGCAUCUAUUGGUGGAAACACUUAUCAACAAAAUAAGGUUAACCAAUGGACAACAAAUGUAGUCGAAGCUUGCUUAGGGAAUCUUACUAAGUUGCACAAAGCUUUUAAAUAUAUUGUUACUUGUACCAUCAUGCAGAAAAACGGAGCAGGUCUUCAUAGUGCUAGUUCUUGUUACUGGGAUAAUUCAACUGAUGGUAGUUGCACAGUUAGAUGGGAAAACAAAACUAUGUACUGCAUCGUCUCUGUGUAUGGCUUAGCAGUUUAAACCAAAAUCAGAAAUAAACGAUGGACUGUACAGUAUUUUUAACAUUGUUUUAAUUAUAAAUUAUUUAUUAAACUUAAAAUAUUUAUUCAGGUUUGUUUGGAUAAUGUUACCUAAUUAUUAUAUUAUGUAGUAAAAAAAUAUGAAUAAAGACAAAUUGAUUUGUAUUUUUUACACUUUAACUAAUUUCACUUAUAAAUUAAAAAUUUAAUUAUUGCACUUUAUUCUUGUAAAAUUUAUAAAAAUGUGUAUGUAGUAGUUUGUGC